CCGCAUUAGUGCUCUACAAACGUCUAACACAACUGUUGCGAUGCCAGUACCUGUAGGAGCUAUGCCUGGAGGCGGCGCACAUGGCCCCUCCACACUCGACAAGCUGAAGAUGGGUGGCAUGAUGGGUGGAUCUGUGGGUCUCAUCAUUGGCUUUAUUUUCGGCUUCACAAACAUCGUUCGAUUCGGACCCGGGCCAAACGGCAUGCUGCGGACUCUUGGACAGUACAUGGCAGGAUCUGCAGCGACCUUUGGCUUCUUCAUGGCCAUUGGCACCACCAUCCGCACGGACAGCUCGCCCAUCGUUACCCAAGCCUUCGGCAGCAUCAACAGCCGCCCUACUAUCCUGUCGCGACAGUACCAGAGCUUGAAGGCCUCUCGCGUCGAGAAGAACUAGGGGAUGAAUCUAUGGGGGGGGGAUGGAGAGGCAGAGGCGACCUCGGUUGGCCUACACAUGUACAACACCGUUGCAGUUUUACAACAGCGAGCAUGUACAUAUAGCGUUGAGGACGCAGUUUAAAGUGACAAGAAUGUCAUAAAGCAGGGCAGGGCAGAACAGCCCUGUACCCUCAACCACAUGGUCGGUCCAAGUGUUGAUGGGC